UGAGCGUCAGCUCUGCUUCCUUCUCUUUCGAUUUUGGAGUGAAAAUGGAGAAACACUGCACGGACUCACAAGUCAAAGGAGUCAGCACAGGGACCACCAUCCUGGCUGCCAUUUUUGAUGGAGGGGUCGUGAUUGGGUCAGACUCGAGGGCUUCAAUGGGAGGGGAAUAUGUAUCAUCUAAGACCAUCAACAAGGUGAUUCAGGUUCACGACCGGAUCUUCUGCUGCAUGGCUGGUUCUCUAGCAGACGCUCAGGCCGUCAUCAAAUCUGCAAAGUUCCACCUGUCCUUCCACAGUGUCCAGAUGGAGAGCCCUCCUCUGGUGAUAGCAGCAGCAUCGGUGCUGAAAGAACUGUGUUACAAAAACAAAGAGGAGCUGCAGGCCGGCUUCAUGACGGCAGGCUGGGACAAGAAGAAAGGACCGCAGGUGUACGUCGUGUCUCUAGGUGGAAUGUUAAUCAGUCAGCCUGUUACCAUCGGCGGCUCAGGCAGCACUUACAUCUACGGCUACGUUGACGCUAAAUACAAACCCAACAUGAGCAGAGAGGAAUGCCUACAGUUUGCUACUAAUGCUCUUGCUCUGGCGAUGGGCAGAGAUAACGUCAGCGGGGGCGUGGCCCACCUGGUGGUGAUCACGGAAACGGGGGUGGAGCAUGUUGUUGUACCUGGUGACAAACUGCCCAGGUUCCACGAUGAGUGACUGCCAUCCCACAUCCGGCCUUCAAACCACCAUUCCUUAGCCUCACUUGUAUUGUUAAUUUGUGUAGGACUGAGAUGAAACAAAUUCAAUUUAAUUCAGACACACAGAAAGCAAGUUAGUUUUUUUGUUUAAGAAACACUUAUGGGGAAGCAGUGCAGUCAAACAUCUUGAGUCUGUUAUUAUGAUAAGCAGAGUAGUUUUAGCGCUCACCACUCACUGUCCAGAUCACAUGUUUUGUGUUGUUUUCUUUCUUUUUUUGUAAUUGUAAGACUGUAUGGGAAAUAAAUGAAGCAUUUUCCAAA